ACAGAGGUGACACACAUUUACUCGACCACAUUUGAAAAUACAAAACCUGUAAAUGUAUAAGCCUAAGUAAAAACACACUAUAGUGACUUAUCUUCUGUGGAAAACAUGGUCGUGGUCCUCUUGAUAGCAUUAUAGCUGCAAGGAGAGAGGUGGUGAAGGCGAAGCUGGGGGACAGGCUGGAUGGAGCUGAAGAAAAGAGCUCUGAAGGUAGUGGAGAGCCUCCUGGAGGACAGCGUGGCGGAAGACUUCCUGGUUGACUGUGCCAAAUUCAUCACUCGAGCUAAUUACAGAGAUGCUGUUGAGGAGAGAUCGAUUGCAAAAAUGUGUGGUUAUCCCAUUUGUCCAAAUAAACUGGGCAAGAUGCCAACUCAACAGUAUAAAAUAUGUACUAAGACCAAUAGAGUGUACGACAUGACGGAGCGCAAGUGUUUCUGUAGUAACUUCUGUUACAAAGCCUCCAAAGAGUUUGAGGUACAAAUAUCAAAGACCCAUCUGUGGCGGAGACCACAUGCGAGCCCUCCAAACAUUAAACUGAUGGAGAAAGGAGAUGGUGAGAGAUCUGGUGAGGAGGUGAUGCUGUCCGAGACGCAUCUCAAAGAGGAGGACAUUGACAGUCCGCUGACUGCUCAGCCCGAAGAGCAUCGUAGUUCUUCGCAGUGUUUAGCUGCAGGCGGAACUUAGCUACAGCGACAGAAACUAAUAAUUUUUACAUUAAAAAUAAUAAAAAAGCA